CGGGGCGGUAGCGGCGUGUAGGGAGCGGCGUCUCCGCUGCUGGGCAGGGACGCGCCUCGGCCGCCGGGCGGAGGCGGUUCCGCGCUCGGCGGAAACAAGGAACGGGAAAGGAAGGGAGCGGCGAAAGGAACCGGUAUCGGCGGCCACCAUUAGUGGAGGCAAGAGGAGCAGGAGCAGCAGCAACAGCAGCCGCCGAGGGGGUCUGCGGGCGGAGCGGACCCGGGUGCCGCCGCCGGCAGCGAGCAGGAGCGAAUCCGGCGCGCCUCGCCCCUCUGUUCUGUGGGGCGUCGACGCUGCCCGCCGGGGCUCCCCGGGAGCCGGGGCGAGAUGGAGCAAUUGUCAGAUGAAGAGCUUGACCAUGGUGCAGAAGAAGAUAGUGAUAAAGAGGAUCAGGACCUCGACAAGAUGUUUGGGGCCUGGCUGGGUGAACUGGACAAACUCACACAGAGUUUGGAUGCAGACAAACCUGUGGCACCAGUGAAGAGGUCACCUCUCCGCCAGGAAACCAAUCUUGCCAACUUCUCAUAUCGCUUCUCCAUGUACAAUUUGAAUGAAGCCCUAAAUCAGGGGGAGACUGUGGAUCUGGAUGCCCUCAUGGCUGAUCUCUGUUCCAUAGAGCAGGAGCUCAGCAGCAUCGGCUCUCAUUCAGCAAACAAUGCUGCCGUGAAACGCCUUGCCACAGAACCCAAAACUCAGAAACCACCUGCUAGUCGACCUUCCACAAAGCACAGCAGCGUGAAAGGAUUGUCCUCCUCUGCUAAGCUGACUAAACCAUCGCAUGCCAACGUGUCUCUGGAUGACAUCACUGCUCAGUUAGAGAAGGCCUCCUUGAGCAUGGACGAAGCAGCCCAGCAGUCUGUUGCGGAAGACACCAAGCCAGUGGUUACUGCCCAGCACAGGAGGACAGCAUCUGCUGGCACAGUGAGCGAUGCUGAGGUGCGCUCCAUCAGUAACUCCUCCCGUUCCAGCGUGACCUCGGCAGCUUCCAGCAUGGACUCCCUGGAUAUUGAUAAGGUGACAAGACCUCAGGAGCUGGACUUGACAUCACAAGGGCAACCGAUCACCGAGCACUCCUAUUUGGACAGGGAAACCUCCCUUCUUCUGAGAAACAUUGCAGGAAAGCCUUCUCAUUUGCUGACCAAGGAGGAACAGGCUGCUAAACUGAAAGCUGAGAAGAUUAGGGUUGCAUUAGAGAAGAUUAAAGAAGCACAAGUGAAAAAGUUGGUGAUCAGAGUCCAUAUGUCUGAUGACAGCUCAAAAACAAUGAUGGUGGAUGAGAGGCAAACAGUGAGACAAGUAUUAGACAAUCUGAUGGACAAAUCACAUUGUGGAUACAGUUUAGACUGGUCAUUAGUGGAAACCAUCUCUGAAUUGCAAAUGGAAAGGAUCUUUGAAGAUCAUGAAAAUUUAGUUGAAAAUCUCUUGAACUGGACAAGAGACAGUCAAAACAAACUAAUGUUUGUGGAACGUAUAGAGAAAUACGCACUUUUCAAGAAUCCACAGAAUUAUCUUCUGGGGAAGAAAGAAACCUCUGAGAUGGCAGACAGAAAUAAAGAGGUGCUACUAGAGGAAUGCUUCUGUGGAAGUUCUGUAACUGUGCCAGAGAUUGAGGGAGUUUUGUGGCUGAAAGAGGAUGGUAAGAAAUCUUGGAAGAAACGUUACUUCCUUCUUCGGGCUUCUGGAAUCUACUAUGUCCCUAAAGGGAAGGCAAAGGUGUCACGGGAUCUUGUGUGCUUCCUACAGCUAGACCAUGUCAGUGUUUACUAUGGACAGGACUAUCGGAACAAAUACAAGGCACCCACAGACUAUUGUUUGGUGCUAAAGCAUCCUCAGAUCCAGAAGAAGUCCCAGUACAUCAAGUAUCUUUGCUGUGAUGAUGUAAGAACUCUACACCAAUGGAUCAAUGGCAUCCGCAUUGCUAAGUACGGGAAGCAACUGUACAUGAACUAUCAGGAAGCACUGAAGAGAACAGAAUCAGCAUAUGACUGGACCUCCUUGUCUAGCUCCAGUAUCAAGUCAGGCUCCAGCUCAUCUAGUUUGCCAGAAUCUCAAUCAAAUCAUUCUAAUCAGUCUGACAGUGGAGUUUCUGACACUCAGACAGCUGGACAUGUCCGUUCCCAGAGCAUUGUCAGCUCCAUGUUCUCUGAGGCCUGGAAACGAGGCACUCAACUGGAGGAAUCCAGCAAGGCCCGAGUGGAGCCUGCAGGUCGGCCCUUGGUGUCUGUCGCAGCUCCCGUGUCCCCGCAGACGAAAGCGGUGACGCCCUACUCGGCAUCGCAGCCGUCCCCGCCGCUGCCGCCGCCCCCGCCCCUGCCCAGCCAGGCCGCCCCGUCCGCGGGCUCGCCCGCCACCAUGUUCGUCAAGUACAGCACCAUCACCCGGCUGCAGAACGCGGCCCAGCACGGCGGCCCUUUUUCCAAAGCCCCUGCUGCACAGCAGGCCCCGCCGCCGCCCCCAGCCUCGGCAAAGCCUCAGAUCCUGGUGCCCCCCAACGGGGUCAUGCCGCCCCCUCCGCCCCCACCGCCGCCCCCCACACCGGGCUCGGCCAUGGCGCAGCUGAAGCCGGCACCUUGUGGCCCCUCUGUGCCACAGUUCACGCCACCACCACCGCCCCCCAAGAUACAUCAGGUUCAACCAAAUAUAAGCCAGGCCGCUGUUGCCUCCUCGUUGCCACCACCGCCUCCUCCUGUGCCUGCCCCACCACCGCCACAGGCACCCCCAAAGCCGGUCAUGGCUGCUCUGCCCCCUCAGUCUAGUGGGAAGGCCGCGUCACCAGGGGUCACACAUGUCACUCCCCCUGUGACUGCAGCCUUGCCCCUUGCAAUAAAGAAACAACCAAGUAUCACUUCUCCCCAGGUGCCUCCUCUGCCCCCAGCCCCUCCCGGCCCCACUCCCCCUGCAACAUUCCCAAAGCAGCAGAGUUUCUCGGUAAAGCCUCCUCCAUCCCCUCAGUCCCCAGUGCCAUUGGUGGUGAAGCAGAUAGUCAGCCAGUUCCCCCCUCCUCCCACGCCACCUGCCACUGAGCCCCAGCCUCUGAAACCCCUUCCACUGAGCGUGGCUCCACAGUCGCCUCCAGCAGUGAAGGCAAAGCCCAAAUGGCAGCCUGCUGCUGCUCCUUCACCAGAUUUUCCCCCUCCUCCACCAGAGAGCAGUUUAGUGUUUCCUCCUCCACCUCCUUCCCCAGCCUCCUCUGCAGGUUCUCCCCCGCCUGACAAAUCAGGGUCUCCAGUAAAAAAGGCCGGCAAGACAUCAAGCCCUGGAGGGAAGAAACCACCUCCAACACCUCAACGCAAUUCCAGCAUCAAGUCCACAAGCUCUGCUGAGUACCAUGAGUCCAAGAGGCCUUCAGUGGACCGCCUUGUCAGCAAAUUUGCACACUCCCCAGAGCCGUCAGGAUCUCCUUCCAAGGAGUCUUCGCCUCCUCCAGCCCCUCCAAAGCCAGGAAAGCUCAACCUUUCUGGUGUGAGCCUGCCCAUUGUCCUUCCACAAGGUGGGAUCCCAGCCAAGGCUUCUGUUCCGAGUAUGCCUGGAAAGGAACCUGUGGUUGAAUUCCCUUCACCACCAUCCGAUUCAGACUUCCCACCACCACCACCUGAAAUAGACCUUCCUCCCCCUCCAGUAGAAAUUCCGUCUGUGUUUUCAGGCAGCACCUCCCCGAAAGUUGCUGUUGUAAAUCCCCAGCCACAGGCAUGGUCAAAACCAUCUGUGAAAAAAGCCCCACCACCCACACGCCCCAAGCGGAAUGACAGCACCCGACUGACACAGGCAGAGGUUGCAGAGCCCCCAGGCUCAGCUGGCCCACAAGUGCCCACCUCACCCAAGUCCAGCCUUAGCGUUCAGCCGGGAUUCCUGGCAGACCUCAACCGGACGCUGCAGCGGAAAUCCAUCACCCGGCACGGCUCGCUCUCCUCCGCGCGGAUGUCCAGAACGGAGCCCACGGCCACCAUGGACGACAUGGCCCUGCCUCCGCCCCCGCCAGAGCUGCUAGCUGACCAGCAGAAGACCAGCAGCUUUGGGGGCAGUCAUAUAUCUGGCUAUGCAACAUUACGGAGGGGGCCGCCCCCUGCACCCCCCAAAAGGGAUCAGAACACCAAGCUGUCACGGGACUGGUAGUCAGUCCCCAGGGCCAGUGCUCUCCAUGACUUGUGGGCUGCUCUGUGAUCCGCCAGCCCGUGAUCCUGUGCACAUGGAGAGGAUGUGGGGAUGUGGAUGAUAGCCCCAUUAAAAGAGGUGAUCUCAAACUGCAGCUAUGGCUAAAUGUAAAGACAUUCCCCUUUCAUGGCUAGGUUAAGAAAGAUGGGGGCUUAGGGGUGUUGAUACUUCAUUGGGAAAAGUGGAUAGAGAGGUGUUGGCUUCACUCUUUGAGUUUCUUUUACCCUUCUUAUGGAUUGGACCAAACCCCCAUUUUCUUAUUUUUCUGCAUUUAGGGGAGGGGGAGGGAGAUAAUUUUUUGUAGUGUCUGUCCAUGUGAGACAUGUUUGUGCAUGUAUAAUAAGUGUAGGUAUAUAAUAUAUUGUGAUAUAUUUCGUCGCAAUUAUAGAAGAUAACCAGAAUGUUUUUGUAGAACCGUAUUUAUUGUUUCAGUCAGUAUAUUAUCUGGAAUCGGACUCUAACUGGUCAAAUCUUAUAAAGAUGGAGAUGUAGGGGGCACUUUAAAGAAAAGAAAUAAAAAACUCAAACCCACAAACUUCUCAGCAGUUUGUGGUGGGUAAAUUCUGCAAAGCUGAGGUGUUCGGCUGGUAACUGUACGUUGUCCAUUGAUUGAAAAGUACAGAUGCAACAUACCAAAACAUUCUGGUCAUAAUACUACUGAAAAUGAGUAUGUUCAGAGGAAAGAAAUAGAUUUUAUAUAUAGUGGGCUGGAGUGAAAUAUAUUUAUACUAUAAAGAGCCUCCCCCUCCUUUCAAAUAGUUUAAAAAUAUACACUGAUAGAAAUUAUUUCAAACUUAUUUGUCCAUACAGUUAAGUAGGAUAAAUAUAUAUUAUUCCAAACCAUUAUGCAUUCUAACUGAUAAUAGGCUCAAUCAUUUGUUUCUGUGGCUCAAGAUGAAUAUAUUUGUGUUAACCCCUUCUGAAAGCUGCCAGGACUCCUGCAAUUGAAAAUCCUGCCAACCCCCAAGGCUGACCCACGCCGAUCGGUGAGCUGUGCGUGUAACUCUAACCCUGAAUGAACAGGUAGGUUUCUGUAGAAAGUCGUGUGUGCUCACACAGGCAUGCACAGCAUCCAGUCUCACCUGGUCUGGGCCUGGUGAGAUAUAGUGUCUUAAAAACACAAGCGUCUGGCAAUGUGUGAAAAAAGUAUUGUUUGUAAUGGAUUGGAAAUGGCCAGGAAACUCUCCCUUCUGGAAAGAGAGAAGGGAGCAGCAAUUUCAGGACAAGCAGAGUAGGAAUUCUCUCUGUUUUCUUUGACCCGCCAGAGACUCUGACCAGUGCAUUUACCUGUUUAUUACAGCAUUGCACUUCUAGCAGGCAAGGAAGAAGACUGGAAAUAAAACAACCUUAAAGAGGCAAUAACAUUUGCUAAGAAUUUCAUCUAAGGGCCCAUAUGAGUAGAAAAUAGACUAUUGGUUUGCUUGGUUUUUUGUUGGUCACCGAUUUACAAUCAGUCACCGCAUCAAGCAUGACAGUCCUUGUGAUAAGGUAGUGUAAGUGGUCUUAUGUGUCAUUGCACAUUCCUUGCAGGGUGGUGGGACACAGCCUUUGUAAAACAGCUAAAAUACUUGGACUGUAACUACCCCAUCUUGAGCUGUUACAGCUUCCCUUGUCAGCAUGGGGAUAUAGUCAAUACAUACUGUUAAUAGGCUCAUAGGGCAAAUAAUUUCACUGUUUGCCUACUUUUUCUCCAAAAGCAAACUUUAAACACUUUCUUUUUCCCAAAGAAUGAAACAAAGACAGCAGUUUGACCUGGCAGUAUCCACACAUGUGUAAAACAAAUAUAAAAUAAUCUCUCCUUAAAGUAAUUCAGGAUGAUAUUUAAGAAAUAUUGUGACAGUGUUCCUCUCCCCCAUUCCUUUUUUAUAAAGUUGUUUGGUUUUUUUUAAUCCAAAUGAUGAAAUAAAUGUCUUUGUGAAUAUUUUAUGAAUAGGAAAAAAGUUUUGCUAAUUUGAGGUGGAAAAUUACACAUCUAUAACUAUAUAGUUUUAAAUAGGUGCAUCAUGAAAAGAGAAAAAUUAGUGGUGCUGUCUCUGCUGAACUGUUUCAUAUGAUUUUUUUAAAAUCUGUUUCAGCACCUCUGGAAAUUGUUUUAAUAUUUCAGACUAGAUUUUUUGAGCAAUAAGAGUAUAUACCAUUAUGUGCAUUUUUAAAGCACUGCUAUGGAAAGGCACUUUUUUGUAUCUUUCAAAUUGUUCACCGAGUUUUGUUUCUACUAUUUUUGUGCUUACAAAGUGUCCUUAAAAGCAUUUGCAUUGUUGAUUAUAAGCAUGCUCAGUGUAGCUGGUGACUAACUUCACAGGAGUGUUGCUAAGCUAUACUGCAGUUCAUGGGUGCUGUAAUCUUCACGUUGCUCCUCCUGCUGCUGUGUCCUGUGCGCAGCUCCUGGGACUCAGACACACCAGAGGGCAAAAGGUGCUCGCUACAGCUCUAACUGCUGGGCCCUCAGCCAUGAAAGGGAACUGGGCACAUUCUCCUGCUCCUGGCAAGAUGCACCUGGGCUGAUGCAGCAUGUGCUCCCAGGUGAGAGCAGUCAGGGAAUUCUGCUUGCCCCACCUGCUUUUCUUUUCCCCAGGACAGCCUCACUGGUGUGUGUCAGUUCCAGCCCUUUUACUUUAGUUCACUCAGUGCGGGUACCUCUGGGCUUUGGACUCAGCACAUCAAUGUUUUCAGUGCAAUUUCUUCAGAGGCAUUUCAGCUUUGUUCUUGUUUUCCUGUGUCCACAUUUAUUUCCCCAUUACCUCUCCCUAGACAAUUAAUCCAUGCCUACUACUGCAGGCUACCCCCAGCUUGCUGGGAGACAGAUAUGUAACUCAAAAGUCUGCAGCAAAAAGAAUGAAUGUCAGCAAAGGUGGCACCCUGUAUUCCUUCUAGUUACAGUUUCCUUCCUAAGGCAGUAGUGAUCCAGUGAGAGGCUCUGGCUUGCUUUCUCUCAGCUGAGCAUGGAAAUUUGGCUACAGUGUGAUUCAGACAACCUGGUUGUCUUUUCAGGUUAUGAGACACCCCCCACUGUAACUUGCUUUUCCAGUAUAUGUACAUACAUUUUGUGACAGUGAAUAUUUGCACCUUAUUUUGCAAGUUGUUUUCCUCCAUGUGCAGUCAUCUCAUAAUUGCACCAUAAUAUUUAUUAAAUCAGAAAAUUAAGGGGCUGGAUUUUAGACACCCAGGAAGAUUUGUAGCAGGAAGAGGCUUCCUGCUACAAAUAUGAGCAGUAAUACUUUCGGCAGUUUUAAAAUGGGCAUGUGAAGGCUGAGUGUUCAUACUCCAGACACAAAAAUGCUUUGAUCCCAACCUACGCAGAGUGUACAGCUGGAGUUGCAUUACAUGAGGCACAGGCUGGCCACUUGUUAAGGUGGGUAUCAGGGGACUGCUGCUGCAAGGGCACCUGAGAGGGCUCAGCUGUGUUCAUUCAUCUUUUCUACAUCUGAUCUUCAUUUCCUCUCUGCUGUGCAGCAUAGCAUCCACCUGUGAGUACCAGUUCAGCCAGGUGUCUGUGCCCGCAGCCCAGGUGCAGAAAGCAGGGAGCUGCUCUCAGAUGCUUACAUCACCAUUCAGGUGCUGGGGAGUUACUUUGAAAGGAAAAACUAGGCUCUUCUAGCAGCACUAAGCUUAGAUGAGAAAUUACUUUUAAAACUAAAAGAAACCACAGGUUUCCAUAGGUAACCAUGUUUCAGGUGCCUAUGCUAGGGGUUCCUGUUUAGUUUUUUAACACCUGUAGCUGGGAGAGGAAGUUAGGCACAAGUGUCUGAAUCAUUCUCUUAUUUUCUAUGGCAGAGGAAGUUUCCUGCUUCACCCUGCACAGUGGUUUCCUCCUGCGGCAAACCACCUCUGACUGCUCUGACUUGGUGAUGACCUCAAAGCCAAAGAGCUCCUCUCCUGAGCUUACUCUGCACUUGUCUGCAGGGCAGCAGUGAGGACACAUCAGGGAAACAAAGUGCUGGUACCUGGAUUAUUUGGUUUUGGGUCUGAGGGGAGAGGAUGCAGUUUUUUCAACAAGUGCAUUUUAACAUUUACUCUUCUGGCCUUGCCCAUUUAAAGGUUUUCUAAUUCCUUCUUUCUGUGCCCUUAGGCAACCAGAUAAAUUAUAUCAGCUCAGAGAUAAAGUGUGGCCAGUCUUCCUCUCAGUUAAAUUUCUUUUUUUUCACAGUUUAAGGAACCAAAAGUGCCAUUUCAACAGCAGAAGGGCAAAAAGAAAUGUUCUGCUUUUUACAGAAAACAGCAAAGAACCAAAUUGUUUUGCUACAGUGGUACUAUCGCAGGUAUAUUUGUUUCUUAUUCAAAAUAUGAUUAUAAGUGGGUCCUAAUAGGAGUAUUAUUUCAGCUAGUGUCAUGUUGCACUCCAGAAAAGCAGUAUGAAUUCCUGGCAGAAGGUAGUGAGGAUGAAGCCAGAACAUGGGAGUUUGGUUGGUUGCUGGGUUUUUAUUUCCCUUAUAGCAUUACUAAGGUGUAGAUCACAUACUGAGUCACACAGAGCUCCUCAGUUGCAGGUGAGUCUUACUACUUUGGGGCCCAUUUGUGGCACCUGGUGUUGAGCUCUGCGUUCAUUCCCCUGCACCACUGGGGCAGACUCCAAACUAGAGAGCAUUUAACACUACAAGGGAUAGUUUGAUUUGGACUUUUUUGCCACAUGCUGGUGGGGUUUUAAGCUUUAUUUUGGAAUUCUGAGUUUGUCUAAGCUGAAUAACUUUCCUUUCUGAAUUUUCUUUCCUUCAAUUAAAAAAUGCCCAUGAAGGGGCAAAAAAAAAAAAACAAACCAGGUUGUGUUGCAGGGGCAGCACUCACUAAUACUGUGACACAGGCUUGGUCUAGUUGUGAGACGUUUAAGACACUAAACUGCAAAUGAGAUGAAAAACACACGCUAAUCCAGCACCAUGUAAAUUACUCUAAUUGCUACUAACCAACCACGGGGCAAUUAGUGACUUGGGUAAUGAUCAUUUGGUGCUCUGAGGCACUCGGUGGGGCAAGGACUCAGUGAGCUCUCUGUCAGCAGAUGGAUCUUGGGUAAAGGGGAGGUAGAGAAGGUAGAAGACUUGGAGGAAUAGGAACUAGUGCUGUGGAAAUGAAUGAGAAGGACCUUCAGUAACAGACUGUGGACACUACCCCUCCCUUAUUUAAAUGCUUGAAGGCAACUUGUCUUUUAGGAGAUUUUGGAACUCAACCGUUUGCUGCAGUGGAAAAUAAUUUCCUUCCAGCUUUCCCAAGAUGCCAAAGAUGCAUUCUGAGCUAAAUUCCAGGUAUGCAGAUGUGUGUACACCAGUCUCCUGUUGCCAGGGGUCUCAUACUGCAGACCUCUAGCACAUGUCUGGUGAGAGAAGAGGGUGCCACUCUUAGAUGUUGUGUGUCCCUUGCCUUUAAUCAACACUGGGAACUGGGUACACACUUGCAAAGGACAGCUUAACAAACAAAGCUGUGCCCAUGGCACCCUGCUGGCUGAUUUAUGCAGCACAAUAACGGUUGUACUUCUAAAAGAAAAGCAAAAUGUUUUGUCAUAAGUUUUAAUUGGAAAUCUUAGGCCUCCUAGUGGACUGCAGUGGACCAGAAAUGAACCAGAGCAGCAGUUUGGUUUAUGGCUUACACUAAUUGUUACCAGUCACUGGGAAUAUUCUGUAUAAUACUGGAGAUGCAAGUGUAAGAAGUGUCAUUGCAAUGAUGAUUUGUCUGUGCGGCAAACUUGUGCUGAGUGCUGUAAAUACAUUCAUGUUUACUGCUUUAAAAAGAAAAUUGCACAUUUUAUCUUUCAAUGGAAUUGCCUCCCCUCUUCUUCCCUUUCCAAACAGAAAAAAAAAAUAAUCAAAGCUCUUUUAGACUGAUAGCAUCAGGUUGGGGGGAGCUUUGCCAUAUUAUAAAUAUAUAUAAAUAUAUGUAUAAAUAUACUUUUUUAAGCAUGACAGAGGACAAAAGAAAUACUACGUUAUAGAGUACCCAAUAUAGCUCAUUAUACAAUGGAAUAUGCACAAUUCAAUAAAGAUGUAGUUAAAUUUAA